AUGCAGGCUCGCGCUGCGCUGCAGUAUAAGGGCCUCCAGGGCUCGCACCUCAACCUCUCACAGACCAGCGCAAAGCGCCAGCGGACGGAGGGCCCAACUUCAGAAUCGUGCUUUUUUGGGUUAGGGACGAGCGCGAAGGACCGAUUGCGCUACGCCACCGUCUACCUCGUGCGCAAUGCGCUCGCCGGCAUCGAGCGAGCAACGUGUUCGACCGAGCGGCUUGCUGUGCGGACGCCUUCUUGUGGCUCUCGUCGAGAGCGUUUUGCGGCCCGGCGGGUGGGAGAGCAUGUGUCGUCUGAUGUGUCACUGAAGACCGCCGUACGGCAAGAAGAGCUCGAUGGGGAGCGAGAACCGUCAGAGGUGCUCACGGAGGUUUCGGAAGAACGGGUGUAUCGCUUCGACGGAUCGACCGUGCUUAUUAUCAAGACCGAUGUGACGUACAUAGUGACACAUCAGACGACACAUAUUCUCCCACCCGCCGGGUCGCAAAACGCUCUCGACGAGAGCCACAAGAAGCCGUCCGCACAGGAAGCCGCUCGUCGGACAGGCGUGCUCGCUUGA